UAAAAUUUUUUUCUCUUUAUUAUUGUAAAGAUUCCUUUUUUAAAAUGGACAGAGUUACUCAGCUUCAAGACCGCGUUGAUUUAUUAGCUUGGUACUUUUGCGAUACACUCCGUAUGAUUCCCCAAAGUUUCAAUCCAGCCGAACUUGAAGGGAUAAAAGAUCCAGUUUCAAAGCCUGAUUUUGUAGAUUAUUCUCUUCGCUAUCAAUUUUUCUCCAAAAAAAUUUGUCAGACAGUCAAAGAAAUAUUGGUUUUAGCUGAUUCUCUUCCAAGUCCUGAGAGCACUGAAGCUAUCCAGAAUUUUUCUUUGCAGGAGCUCGAAAAGGAGCAAUUAGCAUUAACACAAGAAUAUUACGCACAACUUGAAAAAACCCAAAGUAAACUUUCAUUAAUAAAAGAAGCCAUACAUAUUUUUACUGAAGAAAGUCACGUGACGGACGCGCUUCUCGCUCAAAAUAAAAGCGCCGAAAAGCUCUAGUACUUUAUAUGUUUGGAAAAUAUUUUAUUCCUGUUCACGGAUUCGCUG